UCUUUCGAAGAAAAGCUCAUUAAAUAUUCCCGGUGCUAUCUGAACGGCGCGUAUGCGCCAUUUUCCCUCGGUUAUUUUACCUUAAGGGAUAAUAAUGAUGUAAAGACCUUCUAUAAUCCUAUCUAAGACGCGAUAUACCUCAUCUGAUUUUGUGGUUUUCUAUCCUUCGGACAUCCACAUCAGUGAAUUGCUAAAAUACGAACAAUAAGCAGACGAUCGUAGACGCAACGUCGCGAAAAAUCAAACCGAUUUCGACCAUCGAGUUCAUCGAACUUGCGAUUCAUUGAAGACUACGAUCUUUGGUGUGAGACGCGGAUACGGUUAUGGUGUUAACUGCUUGCACGUUCAAUUUUAUGGAAAAUUAUCGCGUAUCCUGUAUUAGCUCAGUUUUCCUUACGACAUGCGUGGCGUGUAAUCGACUAUUUAUCUUCAUUCGCAAUAAUUAAUCGAUAUAUAAGUAACAUGAUAGAUAUAGCGCCGCUGAAGUAUUGAUUGAUUUAUUUUACAUGUGAAGAAGUGCUGCGACAUUAGUGCACGAUAAUUCGAUGAAAUUUUAGCGAUCACAAGUAUGCAAUUGCUUCCGUUGAAUUUUUUGAUAUUCACCGUGAGCGGCAUAUGGAGGUCUGUCGAGUGGUUGUCGCGCUGCACUAAGCUACUGUACAACACAUUCACUUUUUAUACGAUAGCCCCGUUAUAUUUCUGGGUGUUUAGCCAAUUCAUAAAUCUCGUCCUCAUAAUCGAUAAUAUGGAAGAAUUUAUUGUAAGUUUCUUCAUAUUUUUGAGCUACUUUGCUGUUUCUUGCAAAGCUGCGAUCGCGAUUAUACGUCGAGGCGCGAUCAUCGACCUGGUGGAGACGUUGUCGCGGGCGCCGUGCAAGCCCCGGGACGCGGACGAAGUGGCGAUACAAACGAAAUUCGACGAAUUAAUUAGGUCGGGCACGAAACAAUACGCGCUUUUGGCGAUGGGUUCAGUCUCGACUUUCAACAUUCAAUCGGUACUGAACAUCAUGGAUUGCAUUUUACCUUGCCAAACGUGGACGCUGUACGACUUGAAUUCGUACUACCUCUUCUUGAUUACGGGCAUUCAGGAGAUCGUGCUGACUAUGUGCUUCUCUACUGUCAUUAACGUCGGCAUGGCAACUUUGAUCUUUGGGAUGGUUUUGCAAACGUGCGCGCAACUUGAGAUUUUCGAGAAACGUGUACACAAAUUAAUAAUCAACAGAACAACCAAAUUAGUCGGCAAAAAGAGCUCCCCAGACACCUCGACGAUUCAUAAGGAAGAGAUGAUAUCUGGAUACAUAUGUCAUCAUUUCAUUAUUUACAAGUAUGCCAAAACAUUAAACAACGCGUUCAAUCAGGUACUCUUCGUUCAAUUCUUCGUCAAUACAUACAUCUUGUGUACGGUUGUGUAUUACUUGGCAUCUCAUAUUAUGGAUUCUCAUUCUAUAUUCUUAAUGCUAUACACUAUUUGCAUGUUUAUACAAAUUUAUAUUUAUUGUUGGGCCGGGAACAAGGUCAUACUUAAGAGUGCGAGUCUAGGAAAUGCAGUCUAUCAGAUAAAUUGGUAUAUGUUAUCCAACAGCGAAAAGAAAAAUCUACUGAUGAUUAUGAAACGUAGUACGAUUCCUAUCAAAUUUAUCAGCAGUUUCCUAAUAAUUCUGUCUCUUGAUGCCUUUAUUGGCGUUAGUAUUAUUAUGAUAUGCGAGCUUUCUAAUUCUAAUUCAAUAUACGAACGAUCUCUUACAUUAUACUUUUUUUACAGAUUCUCAAAACAUAUUCUGCGUUCAAUAUGUUGCAACAGAAAACUUGAAACAGUUGAGAAUAACGUGAAAAUGUAUUUGAUUAUAAUAAUGAUAACCUUGUAGUAUAUGUAAAAUAAUAGUGACUGUGUAAACGUUAAAAUUUCUGUCUGCGUAUUCAUCUCAAUAUUUUUAUUCUCCAUCCGAAAAGUGUCGUUGUAAUUGUUGAUAUUGCGUAAGAGACCGAACGCGGCAUAGUCGUAGGUGUCUGGCUCGAUUACAAACAAUGAUUUGACUAAAAAUAAAAAAGUCAAUCCUGUAAAAAUAUGUUUUUCCAUAACAGUAACCAUGUAUUGUUUUGACGCAUAAUACGCACUGUGUACGUGUACACUCCCUGUGUGUCUUCUACGAUUGAAACGAUUCGCUCCGUCAUUCGUCUUACUCGACAAGAAGAAGCGUGUGGAUUCACAAUUUGAACGACAACUGGUUUUACUGUAUAUAAAAUGUUUUACCUUUCUUAACGCACAGAAUAGAUAAGCUGUAAUAGCAAACAUAUUGUAUUGUAUCCUAUCCGGGAAAUGGCGCCUUAUCAAAUAUGUUCAUGCUUAUUUUAUUAUCAAGAUCAAGUGCGAUUCGAGAUAUCAUUAUGUGGGCACCAAAAUUUUUUGUUUCUUGUAAGGUGUAUGGCGCCAUCUCUCGGAAAUGAAACUCUUUUGGAUCAUGUUUCUCUUAAACGGUGUAGAGCGCCACUUUCAUACUUAUAUAAUAUAUUUGGAAUCUACUCGCAAUGAGCUAUCAAAAAAACCAAAAUUAUAACCAUUUUCAAACUUAUAAAAGAUGGGGUUAAAUUUGGCCGCACUCUUUACCAGCAGUUUCCUGAUAACUUUUUCUCGAAUCUUUCAGUGGCAUUAGGAUUGCUAUGAUAUGUGAGUUUCCUAAUUUAAUACACGACAGAUCUCUGACUUUAUACUUCCUUUACAGAUUCUCAAAACAUUGCAUUCAUCGUAUUGCAACAGAAUUCUUGACAGAGGAACAGUUGAAAGUAGCAGAUGUAUUCGUCAAUAAUAAAAACAGAGUUGGUAACGUUACUUUAUAAAAGUAUACUACGAGUAGGUAACUCGUUAUCGUUACCGUUAUUUUCUUUAAAAUGUAACUCGUUACAGUUACCGUUAUUUAAAAAGUAACGAAUCGUUACUUUUUUAAAUAAGACUAAUUAUGAGUUU